AUGAAAACUGGACGUUUUCCUCCAAACCAAUCCAGAAUCUUAUAUUCAUCCUGUUUACUCAAAUCAUAUGGUUCUUUAAAAUUGAAGUCUGUUGUACUCAUUUCCUUAUUCACAUACUUAAUCGCUUCAUUGUAUGAAACACGAGCAAAUGGCUUUUCAAGUACUGAUUCUAAUGUCUUUCUGAAAUCUGUGGCUAAAUCAACAGAUUCACUAGGACAGGGUUUUUCAGAUACCGGUUGUUUCCCUAGAAAUGUUCGAAUUAACACCAAAUCAUGCUAG